UUUCCUUCCGGAUGGGGAAAGUCCCAACACACUCAACAUCGCAGAUGCUACCUCCCAUAUACCAACAACACUCUGUUAGCAAUCUGUUAUCUCGAUGAACCAGCAAUCGGUGAACACUGAGCACUGACUUGGAGCCAACGGAAACUCACCUCAUGACAAGCGUCGAUCCUCAUGAGCCGGAUCCAAGACUGGUUGAGGCGAGGCUUCUUCAUUCCUACAAUGCCUUAGCACCCAUUCCAAGCAACACCUUUACCGUUCACCGUUGGCUGUUAGGCCUUGGGUGUCUUGGAUCUCUCACUGUGGCCCUCAUCUCCCCCGGACUCUCCACGGAACUCCCCAGGGUCAACUCGGCUGAUCUACACUGCACUGUUGGUUUCUGUCCGAUAUCCUUCGCGUUGUUUGAGCUCUCUCCACACUUCAGUUUCCAGUCAGUCUUCACCCAAAACAUCAACACACAGACACUCAAUAUUACAGAUGCUGCAUGUCUUGGUCUACUCGACGAUUGCUCAAGACCUUCAGAUACACUUUCUUUUAACCCCUGCAUCAAGAACCCCCGGAUUUGUGCGGAUGGUUACUUCGCCAUAUGCAAGUGUCUUCCAAGUACCGAAAGUACCUCGAUGGCCAGUGGCAGGGACCAGGGCUGGCCUCAGAGCUGUCCCAAUCCAGCCGUGUACAGUAGCAACCUCAAGUCCUGGCUCUGAUCAUCUCCUCUUACACGGUCCCUGGUCCAAACAAUUGUGGGACUUGAUUCAAACCUCCAGCACUCUCUCGGCCAAUUUGCCGCGUGGUAGUCCGCCGUCAAAUUCUCAUCCCCCAGAGGCUAGUGUGAGAUGUUAGCCGCUUCUCCGAAAUAGGCAAUACACUCUAGUCAGGUUCACAGGCCCCAUGCCACACAUUCCUACCCCUGCGGCUCCUUCUCUCAUCCGCCUCCAGGUUUCCCUUUAUAUUGA